CCCAGAGGGUGCAGGAACGAGCGUUACGCAAAGCGCAUCCUUCAGAACGCCUUCCGAACACGAGCGUACAAAUACAGAACUCGCGACGCUGUGCAAGGUGUAUCCUGUGAGCCCUGUGGCAGGGCCUGGCGCGGCACGAUCCGUAUGGGAACUAAGUCCAGAUCCCGACAUGGUCGGGCAUCUACCGAACAAUCCAAUAUCUGCAGGUCAUCAGAAUCACGAUUCUGACAAGGACAUGCGACAGAGAAGUCGUCCUGACGACAACAUCUAUGUGGACGAAGCAACGACCACUGGCCAAAGCCCCACUGAUGAAACCAAACUGAUCUUUGAAUUACUCAGAGCCGGUGAAAUCGAGGCAGUCGAGGAGCUGGUCGAGAAAAACGGGCUAAAUACAGUACUUAGUGCUAGAGAUGAAUGGGGAUAUACACCUGCUCAUUGGGCUGCUUUGGACAGUAAUGUUGAAGUAAUGAGAUAUUUGAUAGAACGGAGCGGACCUGUUGAUCUACCAUGUCUUGGUACCCAAGGACCUAGGCCGAUACAUUGGGCCUGUCGGAAAGGCCAUAGUGCGAUAGUGCAAUUAUUAUUGAAGACGGGAGUUACGGUCAAUGCGGCUGAUUUUAAAGGCUUAACGCCUCUGAUGACCGCCUGCAUGUUUGGUAAAUUCGCAACGGCUGCCUUCUUGCUAGGAUCUGGCGCGCAGGGACACUUGACCGACAUAAAUGGUGAUACCGCGUUACAUUGGGCUGCAUACAAAGGACACGCCGAACUGAUUAAGCUGUUGAUAUACAGUGGAGUAGAUCUGCAGAAACCUGAUUACUUCGGUUCGACACCGCUUCAUUUGGCUUGCCUGUCCGGCAACAUCAGCUGCGUCCAGAUUCUCUGUGAAAAGAGUAAAAUCGAUCUUGAACCACGCGACAAAAACGGCAAAACGCCGCUGCAGCUGGCAAAGAGUCAUCGCCACUCGGAGAUAGUGCGCAUUUUGCAGGCGGAACAAAAGCGCCGUGCCAGAUGGAUACCACCCAUUAACGAGCUAUGGGCGCUACUAUUUGGCGGAGCGGGCAACAGCAAGGGACCGUUGUUAUUGUUCAUAAUAUCCGUCCUGCUAUGGGGGUACCCGAUGUACCUGUUGAAAUGCAUUCCAUUAACGUGGAAUCUCUUGCGAGGCAGUCAUUAUUGUUUUAUUUAUUGGAACAUUCUCAUGUGGAUUUCGUGGAUCGUCGCUAACAGAAGAGAUCCGGGUUACGUGCCGCAAAACAGUGAUACCUACUACAGGGCAAUAAAACAGAUUCCGUACUUUGAUAAGUGGAGGAAACGGAAUGUUUUACUAUCACGAUUAUGUCACAGCUGCAGGUGUUUCAGACCCCUCCGGGCUAAACACUGCAGAAUUUGCAACAGAUGUGUUACAUAUUUCGAUCAUCACUGUCCAUUUAUAUACAAUUGCGUUGGCCUACGCAAUAGAAUGUGGUUCUUCCUGUUCGUUAUGUGCGUGGCGAUAAAUUGCUCUUUCACAUUAUAUUUCGCGUGUUAUUGUAUCGCAAUUGAAGGAAUACAGCUCUUGUAUGUUCUCGGUGUAUUAGAGGCUCUCGUCUUUUGCGGACUCGGUUGGAUUCUAACGUGUACCUCGGUCUUACAUGCAUGUAUGAAUUUGACUACCAACGAAAUGUUCAAUUAUAAAAGAUAUUCAUAUUUGAGGGACAAGAAGGGCAAGUACUUGAAUCCUUUCAGUCGAGGACCCGUGCUUAAUUUUAUUGAAUUUUUCCUCUGUCCACCGGAUCAUCAAACAAAUGACCUUCAACAUUAUCAUAUUCUUUCGGAGGAUAUUAUGUAAAAUUCACGAGACAUAUGAACCUUUGAAUAUUAUAUAUUUCAUACAUUCUCUCGCACAGAGAAGCGUCGAGCGCGAGUUAUGUAUACAGUGGCCGGUAUACAUUAUUUUUUCAAGUUGCGUGUACAUUUGCAUAUAAAGGUUAUCAUCACUUAUGAAAGAUUGUCAAAUUAAAUAUAUUCUAUACUUUAUUCGCUAUUUGACUACCAGGGCACGAAUUUGCAAACAUGUAGUUAAGAAUUUUAUAUAAUGUUUCAAUGAAUACCUUGUAAA